AUGAUGGUACUCCCGCUGAUUGGCAUUGCCUCUCAGGCCCAGAAGCUUGCCCACGUGAUCUGGCAGGAUGUCAUAUCCUGGGUCAAAGAUGGUUCAAGCGGAGAGGCCAAAAGAGCCCUAGGACUGUUCCGAAUCGACCAUCAGUCGGCCGCAACCUUUGGCAGGGAGGCACGUGAUGUCCGUGCAGACGGUCAGCCGUGCGAGUGGUGUUUCAUCCCGACUUCCGACCUCUUCCUCGUGAUCGGUGAUGAUCUUGUGGGUGUGACGCUGGAAGGUCUUUUUGCUGACAAUGCACCAGGGCAGAAGAGGCUCAGUCUGGCAGAGUGCUACAGGAAGCGUGCUGCGCCCCCCGAGGCCCCGAAAGAGGCCGUGAAGGAGGAGGUCCCUCCACCGAAGGCAAAGGGACCUUCGGCCCCGACUCUGGCGGACCUCCUCAGCCUAGGGAAGUGA